AUGUUCACCUUCUCUCUCCUCCACCGUUGCCUGCUCAUCUUCCUCUCAGUAAACUUCAUAAUUAUAUUAUCUGUUUUAGAAUGUGAUUACAUUAAUGCUAGAUCAUGUUGCUGGAAAUUAAACAAGUGGGUAAUUCCAGAAUUGAUUGGCCAUACCACUGUCACUGUGUUUAUGCUGGUUUCCUUACACUGGUUCCUCUUCCUUCUCACGUCGCCUGUUGCCACUUGA